AUAUAAUCUCAGCUGCUGUUAGCUCUCACCGUCGAUCAUUUCUCUUCACCAUCAAGAAUCAAUCUUCAUUCCCAGGUCUACCAAGCUAUGCUCGCACACAUGACGCCAUUCCCAAACGACGACAAGCUCGCUCCUCCGCCAGAUUACGAUUCGCUCACCCUGAACGACGAUCUGGAUCAUGCUUCGCCGACUCUCCUCAACAACUACAGAGAGAAUGCUGAGGCUGGUCCUUCCGACCCCGCUGCCCAACCUCUCAUCCCCGUCUUCGGAAACGCCGUCGCGGCAGACUACCGCCUUUCCCUCGAUUUCCACUACGAGAGUACCCUCUCUACCAACCUCGUCAUUCGAGAGACCACGAACGGUAGGGACUUCUACCACGUCCAGGUGUCCGAGUGGAAUUGGGGGAACCCGGAUGUGAUCCUUCGUAGACGGACGAGAGCGGGCGUGGUGGUCGGCUCGGCCGAGUUUAGGUGGGGAAGGGACAUUCAAAUCCGGCUGGGCGGGAGGGGGAUCAAGGGCGAUCCGGAGGGGGAAACGAGGGGAGCGGUGAUGACGAACGAUUCUCGAUGGUUGACGCACAACAAGUACACACUCGUCAUCCCAUCAAUUGGACCCUCUGUCACGGGAACGUCGAGCAAGGAGAAGGACAAAUUGGUGACUCCAGGAGGUCGAACGCUAAUCUUUACCCGAACGCAAUCCGACAAAGACGGGAUCGUCGGCGUACAACAGAAGUUAGCUUUUCAGCACUACAAAGUACAAGACGCCACUACUGGCAAGGUACUGGCCAUGUGGACGGAGAGACGCAUCAUCGACGUAGUGAUCAAGGGCACCUUGCGGCUCGUCACACAGGACCAGGCGUCGUCGUUGGCAGGACCGAUCGGUGUAGGCGAAAGAAGGAUGAUGGACGAAAAGUGGGAAGCUGGAGGCAACGCAGGCGAGGAUCACGACGAAGACGGUUUGAAUCAGGAAGAGAUUGAUUGGAUCGUCCUCGCCUUUGCGAGUCUGGCGGAAAAGACCAGGAGAAGAAGGGAAUGAAGGACGAAGCCCGAUAAUCCGUGUAUAUAUUUUAUGUAGAAUCAUGAAAAUCUGAUAAAUUAGGUUCGG